AUGUAUCUCUGCCUAGCGGAUACCAAAGACGGUGGCAUGUCCGUUUGGUUGGAGAGUGCGAACGGCACUCGGCUGAAGAAGUAUGCCACUCAUGAUCUACAGUCCGAAUUUGACACGGCAACUGCAAAGGACGGAAGGAAGGGGAACUUGAAGGCGAGUUGCAGAUGUGGAGGGUUUCAAUUCGAGGUGACGAGAGCGACGGAGGUGUCAGAAGACAAAGCAAUCGACUCCACAGGCAAGUCAGCGAGCAGAGGAACGUGGUGGCUUCGAAACGGAAAAUAUACCGCGGACUUAUGUGUAUGUGACUCGUGCCGUCUUUCGGCAGGCUGUGAAGUGAUGGCGUGGGCAUUCAUCCCUGCCGUCAAUCUCCGGCUCAACAAUAAACCGUUGCCUAACCCGCCCGUGCUUGGGACAAUCAAGCACUAUGCCAGCUCGGAAGGUGUGAAUCGUUACUUUUGCGGAAGAUGUGGCGCUGUCAUCUUCUUGAUAUCCAAAACGCGUCCAAAACUGCUCAAUGUGGCUGUCGGAGUGUUGCAGGAUGAGUCCGGGGCGAGGGCUGAGGACUGGCUUUGCUGGGAGACGAGCACGGGACCGUCCAAUGCCGCUGAUGGGCUGAAAAGGAAUUUUUUGACCGACGACUUGACCGAACAGAUGAUUGCAUGGGGUGGAACUGACAACUAG